CUGCGCGCGCACACACACACGCACCCACACACACACACACACACACACACACACACACACAGCAAACCAGGGGUGCAGACGGUGCGCACAGAUGUGGGAACACGUGGUUUCUCCAAGCAGCCCUACGGGCGCACCACUUCCUCUCACGUUUGGACAUUUACACUUCUUGAGUUUCUCCGGUUACUGCUGCGGGUACCACCGGAGUGCUGAGCUGGACUUGGAUUCACCCUCACCUCGGCAUCUUUUAAAAACUGCCACAUAAACAAUAAGAUUGUUUUUUUUUCUCUUGCUCCUGUAACUUCCACACGCAUUCCCUACUUCCAACAAAGUUCAUCCAUCUUUUUGCUGCAGCAUCUGAGGUGCGACUGAAGUUACCUGCGCUGUGGGAGAUCCUCACUACACCUGAAGAGUCACGGAUGGAGCUUUGAGUGGUUAUUUCUUACUACCCCCCCUCCAAAAAAAAAAACCCCAAAACCAGUGGAUUGUGGGAUACUCGCAGAUCCAAGGUGCCGUGCGCUCAAAGGGAGCUUUUGGGCAAAUGCCAUUGCGAUGCUGUGGAUGUAACUCCAGACAACAGCUUCACAACGGUAGCGUCCUGUAAACCACAAUGAAAGACGACUUUGCUGAUGAGGAGGAGGUGCAGUCCUUUGGUUAUAAGAGGUUUGGAAUUCAAGAGGGUACAGAGUGCACCAAGUGUAAAAAUGACUGGGCACUGAGGGCGGCUAUUGCACUGCUCUAUGUGCUCUGUGCACUGCUCACCAUAGCAGUGGCUGUCCUUGGAUACAAAGUGGUCCAGAGAAUGGACAAUGUCACAGAGGGCAUGCAGAAUUAUGGAGGCAAGAUCAAUGCUGUGGAGACAGACUUAAAGAAACUAGAUGAUCAGGCAGGAGCGAAGUCAGUGAAUGCCACAAGUGAAAUUAAGACUUUCAAGUCCGAUCUGGAGGCAUUGCAGAAUCAACUGAAUGACAUUGCUAUCAGGGCGACCCGAAACAGAGACAUGUUGGAUGAUCUUCGUAUCACAGGAGAUGACAUGCAAAAUGGCCAUGUCUCGCUGCAGAGUUAUCUUGAAGGCAACGCUGCCUCACUGCGUGGGGUCAACCAGACCUUAGCCUCCUACAGUGGAAUGAUUGACGACCUCCAGUCAGACACUGCACGGCUCCAGACAGAGAUACAGGGUCAGGUCAAAGAGCAGAGCCAGACCCAGGUUAGUGUCAGCGCACUAAACAUCACCCAGUCCCAGCAGCGCAAUCUGCUCAGCACGCUGCAGAAGACGGUGGAAGAUGCAGGCCAGGCGGUGCAGAAACUGAAGAAUGACUAUCAGGGUCUGCAGCAGACAGCCCGGCAGACCCGGGCUGACACUGAGUGGCUGAAGGAAAAGGUGCAGAAUCUCCAGGUUUUGGCAGCCAACAACUCAGCCCUGGCCCGAUCUAACGGAGAAGCUCUGGAUGACUUGGGGGCUCAGCUGAGCACAUUAGUGAGCCAGAUCCAGAACGCCUCAGCUCUCACUGAGGGGCAUGACCAGAGCCUGCGUGAGCUGAUGGACCACCAGAGAGACCACGAUAACUCCACCUCAUCUAAGUUUGAUGAGAUGGAAGCACGAUUAGACAGACAUGAGAAUGACAUGGACCGAGUGACUGGGAACGUGAGCUUUGCCACGCAGCUCCUUGGUGCAAUCAGCUCCGACCUGAAUGGCCUGAGGACCUGCGCAGAGACGGUGAUGCGACAUUCAGACCUGUUACUGGGGCUGAACGGUAGUGUGACAGAGGCCAUGACCGAGAGCAAAGAGCUGCGCGCCCAGCAAGAUGACCUGACAACCAGGUUGGACAAAGAGGUCAGCAACCUUUCUAUGGUGAUGCAGGAGAUGAAGCUGGUUGACAGCAAGCACUCACAGCUCAUCACUAACUUCACCAUCCUGCAGGGUCCACCAGGUCCAAGGGGCCCCAGGGGUGACAAGGGUCCCCAGGGACCAGUGGGCCAGUCAGGACAAAAGGGUGAUAAAGGAGACAAAGGGGUGCCAGGGUUGGUGGGACCUAAAGGAGAGAAAGGUGCCGCUGGAUCACCAGGUGCAACAGGGCCAAAGGGUGCAGCCGGGCCUCGGGGUCUUCCAGGUGCUAAAGGAUCGAGAGGGUCUGGAGGUCGACCUGGAAGCCCUGGUGAAAAAGGUGACCCUGGGGCUCCGGCACUUCCUGGUAGGGAUGGACAGCCAGGGAUGCCAGGACCACAAGGGCCACAGGGGCCUAGAGGAGCAACAGGACCUAUAGGGUUGGAGGGGCCUCGUGGGCCAGUUGGACCCAUCGGUCCUCCCGGUCCUCCAGGGCUUCGAGGGAUACCUGCAUCUAUACCUCCUGAAAUAUCAAUGCCUCUUCUGCCCGCUCAGGACCCUGAACCCCCCAAACCAACUCAUCCUACCAAACCAGCAGAGGAACCACAAGGCUCCGUGUCCCGACAGGUCCAGCUCCCUGUGGAAACCACGGCAGCACCUAAUUGCCCACCUGAGUUCAGAAGGUUUGGAGACAGCUGCUACUACUUCUCCUCUGGUUCUCAGAGACUCAACUUUGACGAAUCCAACCAGUUUUGUACUAACAUUUCAUCUCUGAUGCUCAUUAUUAACGACAACGAGGAACAGCAAUUUGUGAGAAAUGCAAUUGCAGGAAAAGGCUACUUCUGGCUGGGCCUUACUGACAGGGAGGAGGAAAAUGUCUGGAAAUGGGUGGAUGGAACUAUACCUGUUUUCAAGAAGUGGAAGCCUGGCCAGCCUGAUAACUGGACUCAUGGCCACGAAGAAGGCGAGGACUGUGCUGGCCUUAUCCAUAAUGUGAAGAGGCUGAAGUUGAGGUUGAAGAUGGUGUAUAUCUCGAUGCCUCUCUUCACCACCAACCCAUUUGACCAAGAUGUUGAGAAAGCAACCAGUGAGAUGAACACAGCUGAGGACUGGGGCCUCAUUCUGGACAUAUGUGAUAAGAUAGGGCAGUCACGCACUGGGCCUAAAGAAUGUCUCCGCUCUAUAAUGAGAAGAGUGAACCACAAGGAUCCCCAUGUGGCCAUGCAGGCACUGACUCUCCUUGGUGCUUGUGUCUCAAACUGUGGGAAGAUAUUCCACUUGGAGGUGUGCUCCAGAGAGUUUGCCAGUGAAGUCAGUAACGUCUUAAACAAGGGCCACCCCAAAGUGUGUGAGAAGCUGAAAGCCCUGAUGGUGGAGUGGGCAGAGGACUUCCGCAACGAUCCCCAACUCAGUCUGAUCUCGGCUAUGAUCAAGAAUCUACGCGAGCAGGGCGUCACUUUCCCGGCUGUAGGGUCCCAGGCUGCAGAGCAAGCAAAAGCAAGCCCUGCUUUAGUGGCAAAGGAUCCCUCCACCUCAACAAACAAAAAAGAAGAAGAAGACUUGGCCAAAGCUAUUGAGCUGUCACUGAAGGAGCAACGUCAGCAGCCGCAGACCUCCCUGUCGAGCCUUUACCCGAGCACCUCCAGCCUGCUCUCUUCACACAAGUCCGACGGCAGGAAAGUCCGCGCCAUCUACGACUUCGAGGCCGCUGAGGACAAUGAGCUCACCUUCAAGUCGGGAGAAAUCAUCACUAUCCUGGACGAUAGUGACCCCAACUGGUGGAAAGGGGAAACAUACCAGGGAGUGGGGUUGUUCCCUUCUAACUUUGUCACAGCUGACCUUACUGCAGAGCCUGAGAUGAUGAAGACAGAGAAGAAGACAGUACAGUUCAGUGAGGAGAUUCAGGUGGAGACCAUAGAGCCCGAACAAGAACCGGUGUAUAUAGACGAGGACAAAAUGGACCAGCUACUGCAGAUGAUCCAGAGUGCGGAUCCCACAGACAACCAGUCAGACAGCGUUGAGUUACUACAGUUGGAAGGUGCCUGCAAUCAAAUGGGACCCCUCAUUGACCAGAAGUUGGAGGAUAUAGACAGGAAGCACUCAGAGCUGUCAGAGCUGAAUGUGAAGGUGAUGGAAGGUCUUUCUUUGUAUGCCAAGCUAAUGAAUGAAGAUCCAGUCUACGCCAUGUACGCCAAGCUGCAGAGCCAACAGUACUACAUGCAGCAGCAGCCUGCCAGCGCAGCACAACAGGUCUACCCUGGUCAGCCUGCAUCAGGUUCGUAUGCCAUGAGUAGUACUGCGGUGCAGGGUUACACUGUUCCCAUGGAGCAGCUUCCAGCUGGAACCCCCAUACCUGGUCAGCCUGCACCCGGUGACGUUCAUAUGUACAUGGGCCAGCCGCCAGUCUACAGUGCAGCUCCAGGCAGCAUGGCCCCAGCAGACGUACAGUCCUACCAGAACCCAGCCAGCGCCCCAGGCCCCACUCACGCAGGCAUGACGCAGACGCCAAACUACAGCACCCCCUCCGGCCUGAGCAUAGCACCUUCCUCAGACCACUCACAGGCCCCCUACUCAGAGAAAGCCUUGCUAUAGGGCCCCCCCCCUGAGCUCACUGUAAUCCUCACGCAUACACCUACACCAGACCUGAUCAAAUAGUGGUCGUAGAUAAUUUCGUUUAUUAUGUUUUAUAAUUAGUUUUAUCGUGAAACACCAGAUGGAUGGAAAAAUGCAAAUAGAGUAGACUUAACCUUAAAAAAAUAUACAGUUACACUUCUAACUCAAGGUUUUGGAGUGAUCACGAGGGUUUGAUUUGAAGAGCUCUCACCAAGCCACACAUGGUCUGUAAAUGGACACACGUGUUCUUUUAGGACUUUGUUUAAUUGAUCAUGUUUCUGCUUUUCUCCGUGCCGUUACAUGACUCAGAUGCGAAAACGCGAGGCGCUUUCAGUCGCACUUUUAUCUUCAGUUGCACUUUUAGUCAUCAUUCAAGCCUGAUCACUUCAAAAUCUAGAUCUGAUAGCAAUAUAUGCAUUGUCCUUAUAUAUGUACGAGACCUGACAUUUAUGGCUUCCUUUUUAUAAUAGGACUAUUGGAAAAAAUGAUGGUAAUGCUUUAGUUUAUGGGACCAAUAUUUUAAAAUAAUUUUGUAGGAAGCUUCUUGGAAAAAAAUACAUAGUUUAGAACAAAUUAUAGGGGAAGGUAGUUAGGAAGUUCUUUUAGUUUGGCUUAAGGUGAAUUUAUAAGCAGUUGUUAAUGAAAAGGAAAACUCUAUUUAAACCCAAGAACCCAAAUCAUUCAUUCGUCAUUUAUUUUUGGAAACUUUAUUCUUUAUAAAGUAUAGAUUUAUUGAGGUUCAGCCGACCUACUGUGUACUACUGACUCACCAGUUUUUAGCUUACACAAGCAAUUGAUUUGAAUGAAUUACUUUACUAUAUUUUAUCUAUAAUUUAAAAAUCCAAUCAAUUUUUUCCUGGAAACUUCCGAAAAAAUAAUCAAAUCAAAUGACGGAGCUCUUAAAUAAAACGUUACCAGCAUUGCUUUGAGAAAACAAGUGUAACUGUAGCCACUUCAACCAAACCACAAAAAAAUAUAUGCAAUUACUAUUUGAUCAAGUGUGAAAUACACACAGACAUUCCUUCACACCACCCCUCAACAUGCACAUGCAGAGCUACACACACAGACACACACACACGAUAGUCAAACACACUACAGGCAGGUGUACAGCAGUGGACACAAUCACAGUUGCACCAGUUGGCUCACACAUACAACAGUAUGCGAUAAUUUACCUUCACUCACACACACUAACAUGGAGAGAAAUCCACAACCUGCCGUAGCCUUCGCACUCACUUAAAGCAACUGCUAAUCAGUUUUUUUUUUUUUUUUUUUUUUUUUUUUUUAUCAGAAAAAGGACUUUUAGCGAUGCUGAAAACGUUAGGCUACUACAUCCUGUAUAUGUCGUCUACUUUUUAGAAGUACUGAAAACUGAAGCCACUUUGUUGUUUUGGAGGGAAAAGAAACCAGAGGAAUUUAAGCAUGCACAUGACUCUUGUAUAUACUGUACUGAACUAGUAGUGAAGCCACAUGAUGACCUCAUGGGUGGGCUGUACGUAUGUUAGCACAACCCCGAGUGUUUCUCUCAGCCUUAAAGGUGAACUCUGCAGCCAUGAUGUCCCUGCUGAAUUAAAGGUGUAAAAGCCAAAGAGAACAAAGUGAAAAAUCCCUCACAUGCCAGAAAACAAGAUGUAUUUUUUCUUUUUUUUUUUUUUUGUAACAUGAUUGACUCCUUACUUCAUACUGCAGAGUUUUCCUUUUUAAAAUGAGCAGCUCUAGAUCCUUGUUGGUGGAUGUAGGGCUUGCUCUGUUUCCAUUCAGGGGCUGUACUAACAGACUCGUACCACAGACCUGGCUACUAAGGGGCAAACUCUCUGAACAGCCCCAUUGUCUUUUUAAAGCAUCUCUUUAGUCAGUGUUGAAAAAUGAAUACUAUAGUUUUUGUAGUGCAUUUUAAUUUAUGUUUGGAUUAUUGUUAUGCUAUUUUAAAUGGAGAAGCAGUGCAGGAUGUAUGUAUUCAGAGAAAAGCGGAAUAUGUAAUAUUCUGCCAGACUUAGUUGUAUAUUUAAAUCGCUCUCAUGAGAACAUGGACAUUUCUCUGUGUUUGAUACAUGCUUAUUGUACUGUAGGGUAAAAUGGUAAUGUGAAAAACUGAUCGAACCUCCCCAUGCAUUUCAAACCUGUCCUUUUCUCAGAGGUGUGUUACACUAAAACAAAUUCUACCUGAAGCAGAAAUGAAAUGAGGUUCCUAUGAUUCUGGAAAGUGCAGUCAGGAUUUGUAAACACCUCUUUUUCCCCAAGAUCUCCUUUUGCUAUCCGUUACAGUGACACUUUGAGGCAUUUCAGAUCAACUAUUGAUCCGAAAUACCAAACAUGCUCUCCAUGUUACUACAUACUUUAAAUACUACAUGUUUUUGUCUUUUGGGAAAGAGCUGAUGUUUACAACUCCUGAUUGGAUUGCAAAAAAGCUGAUGAAACAGGAAAAUAUUUUAUCUGUUGUUGUAUAAUAUUGAAUGAUGCUACAUGAAGGAAUAACAGUUUUAAAUAGUUUAAACUACAUUUUUCAGUUGCAGGGCAAAUUGGUGUGUUGAUCUGACUGUAAAUUUGUGUUAUUUCAAUUUCUCUUGAAAUACUAGGUCUCAAAUGUGCUCCUCCUUGUCAUCCCUGUGCCGCCUUAAGAAUAUAAAAACAACCCACAAUUUAAGCUUGGUAUCUGGGACUUUGCUCACAAGAGGUAAUUUGAUUCCCCUGGAAGUUGAUUUUGGCAUUAAUACAGUUGAUUGAUUAUUCUUUUUUGCUGCCUUCAACUAAAUGCAAGUGUUAACCUGUUGGAUCAAAGAGGGCUGAAAAUAUCAAAAACACAAAAGUAGCAGCUAUUCUGGGACUACGGGACCAGGAGCCAGUAAAUCGUCACACAUCAUCAAAAUGUAACAUCUUGUUGCGCCACAGUGGUGGACUGCAGCCCCGAUGUAACUUUAUUGCACAGGAUUGAGAUGCUGCCUGUUUUUAAGUUUUAAAAACAUCAUUAUUGUAAGAUUUCUGUCUAAACUUGUACCCUGCUGUUUGUAUGUAUUCUUUUAACCAUACUUAUUAAUUGAUAUUCACAAUAAAACCAGGCCAAAUGUACAGAAUAAUAUGAAA